AUGGGAAGGUCUCCUUGCUGUGAAAAAGCUCAUACAAACAAAGGUGCGUGGACCAAGGAAGAAGAUGAUCGCCUUAUUGCUUACAUUAGAGCUCACGGUGAAGGUUGCUGGCGUUCACUUCCUAAAGCUGCUGGUCUUCUUAGAUGCGGCAAGAGUUGCAGACUUCGUUGGAUCAACUACUUAAGACCGGACCUUAAACGUGGCAAUUUCACUGAAGAAGAAGAUGAGCUCAUUAUCAAACUCCAUAGCCUCCUUGGAAACAAAUGGUCACUUAUAGCCGGAAGAUUACCAGGGAGAACAGAUAAUGAGAUAAAGAAUUAUUGGAACACACAUAUAAGAAGAAAGCUUUUGAAUAGAGGCAUAGAUCCUGCAACUCAUAGGCCACUCAAUGAACCAGCACAAGAAGCUACAACAACAAUUUCUUUCACUACUUCUACUUCAGUUAAAGAAGAGUCUUUAAGUUCUGUAAUGAAAGAGGAAAGUCCAGAGAAGAUAAUUAACACAACUGCUAUUGUAUGCAAAGAAGAGAAAACCCAAGUUCAAGAAAGGUGUCCAGAUUUGAAUCUUGAACUUAGAAUUUGCCUUCCUCACCAAAACCAGCCUGAUCAUCACCAGUCAUUCAAAACUGGAGGAAGUAGAAGUCUUUGUUUUGCUUGCAGUUUGGGGCUACAAAACAGCAAGGAUUGCAGUUGCAGUGUUAUUGUGGAUACUAUUGGAAGCAGUAGUAGCACUAGCACAAAAACUGGCUAUGACUUCUUAGGCAUGAAAAGUGGUGUUUUGGAUUAUAGAAGCUUGGAGAUGAAAUAA